AUGGCCACGUCUGCAACUAAAGCACGAUAUGCAACCUAUGCAAAAGAUCAUCGACAACAACUCAGUCAACAAUUCGACCAAAUUGAAAUGACACGAGAUCUUCUAUCGUCAAACACUAACAGAACACACCGACAACCCACAAAAUCAUUCACUCAUCGAUCACAUCAACCAAUGGGAACAAGACUCGAUCAAUCUCAUCAGAAAAUUAACAGCAGAAGAAGCAAAACAACACGUACAGAUAUAUACAACUUGUCACUUAUCGGAAAUGGAAAAGAAAUUGAAUGA